GGGGAGGCCGGAGCCAUGGGACCAGGGGCAAAAAUGGAUUCUCUGGAAGUAACGGAGUUGCAGCAAGAAGUGAUGGAAGAGUUAGGGAUCUCUAUGGAAGAGCUCCAGCAAUUCAUUGAUGAGGAGCUGGAGAAGUUUGAGUGUGUGAAGCAGCGGAAACAGCAGCUGGAAGAGCUGGAAAAGAGCGUGGAACAGAAAGAAGCAGAAGUGGCAUAUGUCGACCAGCUCUUCAAUGAUGCUUCAAGAGCCAUUGGUAAAUGCGAGAUACUGGUAAAAGAUCUCUACUCCAAGCUGGGCCUUCAGUAUCGUGAGAGCAGCUCUGAAGAUGAGGACUCAGCUUCCAAGCCGAUGGAAGUGAUCGAAAUCCCAGAUGAGGAUGACGACGAUGUUAUGAGUAUUGAUUCGGGUGAAACAAGUAACAGAAUCUCAAAGGAUCAGACGCUGCUUCGAGAAGCCAUGGCUGCGAUGAGGAAGUCUGCCCAAGAUGUUCAGAAAUUUAUGGAAGCUGUUAACAAAAAAACAAAUGCCCAGGACCUGCAAAAAGAUGGGCUAUCCUCUCCACCGAGCUCUGUUGGCGCAUCCCAGCAGGUGAGCUCUGCGCUUGCUGGGGGUGACCUCAGCAAUGAUGGUGACCUGGUGGUUGGUAUGCGUAUCCUAGGCAAAAAGAGGACCAAGACGUGGCACAAAGGAAUUUUGAUUGCAAUCCAGGCAGUAGGUGCUGGUAAGAAGUUCAAAGUGAAAUUCGACAACAAAGGGAAGAGUUUGCUUUCUGGCAAUCACAUUGCGUACGACUAUCAUCCCUCUGCCGAGAAACUCUACGUCGGAAGCCGGGUUGUGGCCAAAUACAAAGAUGGGAAUCAAGUCUGGCUCUAUGCUGGCAUCGUGGCCGAAACGCCAAACAUGAAGAAUAAACUGAGGUUCCUGAUCUUCUUCGAUGAUGGCUAUGCUUCUUACGUCACUCAGUCAGAGCUGUACCCGAUCUGCAGGCCAUUAAAGAAGACCUGGGAAGACAUAGAAGAUGUUUCCUGUCGUGAUUUCAUAGAGGAGUACAUCAGUGCCUACCCAAACCGUCCCAUGGUAUUGCUGAAGAGCGGCCAGCUGAUUAAAACAGAAUGGGAAGGGACCUGGUGGAAAUCCAGAGUGGAGGAAGUGGAUGGCAGUCUAGUCAAAAUCCUCUUCCUGGCAGAUGCUGUGAAUGUUACAAUGUUCUCUCUGCCACAGGACGACAAACGCUGCGAAUGGAUUUACCGCGGUUCCACACGUCUGGAGCCUAUGUUCAGCAUGAAAACCUCAACGGCCUCCACUCUGGAAAAGAAACAAGGAGGGCAGAUGAGGACUCGUCCCAAUGUUGGUGCUGUGAGGAGCAAAGGGCCUGUAGUACAGUACACGCAAGAAUUAACAGGAACCAGCACUCAGUUUAAACCUAUAGAACAAAUCCAAGCAAUGUCUCUAGCUGCACCGUCUGUUUCCCCACAGCCUGCUGAGAUGGAAAGCCCCGAAAGUCAGCUGGCUCAGUCCAGAAAGCAAGUGGCCAAGAAAAGCACAUCCUUCCGUCCUGGCUCUGUGGGGUCUGGACACUCUUCACCUGUUUCUCCUGUCCUAAGUGAAACUCCUCCGAUGGGGAAAGCUGCAGUGAACCAGCAAUAUCGUGGAAGCUAUUCCAGUGGCCAGCCAGGCAGCAGCACGGUGCAGCCAUUUCACGGCAUGAUGGACCGGGUGCCCAAUGAGCCCUCGUACCGGGCUCCGAUGGAGAAGCUCUUUUACCUGCCCCACGUCUGCAGCUACACCUGCCUGUCACGGGUCCGUCCCAUCCGGAGCGACCAGUACCGCAGCAAGAACCCCCUUCUCAUCCCGCUUCUCUACGACUUCCGGCGCAUGACUGCCCGCCGCCGCGUCAACCGCAAGAUGGGCUUCCACGUCAUCUACAAGACGCCGUGCGGGCUGUGCCUGCGCACCAUGCAGGAGAUUGAGCGCUACAUCUUCGAGACGGACUGUGACUUCCUCUUCCUGGAGAUGUUCUGCCUAGACCCCUACGUGCUGGUGGACCGCAAAUUCCAGCCCUACAAGCCCUUCUACUACAUUGCAGACAUCACCAAAGGCAAGGAGGACGUGCCGCUGUCCUGCGUCAAUGAGAUAGACACUACCCCUCCUCCACAGGUGGCUUAUAGCAAGGAGCGCAUCCCAGGGAAAGGAGUCUACAUCAACACUGGCUGGGAGUUCCUCGUGGGCUGCGACUGUAAAGAUGGCUGCAGAGACAAAUCUAAAUGUGCCUGCCACCAGCUGACAGUCCAAGCAACAGGCUGCACCCCCGGUGGGCAGAUCAACCCCAAUUCUGGCUACCAGCACAAGAGGCUGGAGGAAUGCCUCCCGACCGGAGUCUAUGAAUGUAACAAGAGAUGCAAAUGCAAUACAAACAUGUGCACCAAUCGCUUGGUACAACAUGGACUCCAAGUCAGACUCCAGCUAUUCAAGACUCAGAACAAAGGCUGGGGAAUCCGCUGCCUUGACGAUAUUGCCAAGGGCUCUUUCGUCUGCAUCUAUGCAGGGAAAAUCCUGACGGACGACUUUGCUGACAAAGAAGGGCUGGAGAUGGGGGACGAGUACUUCGCCAACCUGGAUCACAUUGAGAGCGUGGAGAACUUCAAGGAGGGCUACGAAAGCGAUGCCAAGUGCUCCUCCGACAGCAGUGGCGUGGACCUGAAGGACGAAGAGGAGGAGAACACCGGCACCGAGGAGCAGGAUGAGUCCAACGAGGACAGCUCCGACGACAAUUUCUGCAAGGACGAGGAUUUCAGCACCAGCUCGGUGUGGCGCAGCUAUGCUACCCGCCGGCAGACCCGGGGCCAGAAGGAGAAUGGCCUGUCUGAGACAGCCUCCAAGGACUCUGGCCUCACCAGGCAGAUCAGCCACGACGAGGUCGCCGUGACCGCUGCCUGCAAACUGCCUGUGUCUGAGGAGACCUCCAAAAACAAAGUGGCCUCAUGGCUGAGCUCCAACAGCAUGUCGGACAGCUUCCAGGACAAUGAUAGUGCCUCCUCGUUCAAGAUGACUGAGGCCAGCGAGGUCAAGGCAGGCAAAGUGGAAGUCCUGGGUGACCGAGAGAAGCCCUCCACCUUCUCGGUGCCUUGGGGGGCUGAUGCAGACUCAAAGAUGCAGAAGAAGGAGGAAUCUGAAGAGCCAAACAAGCUUUCGCUAGCAUCCGAGACAGGCAAGGUGUAUGGCUAUAAUCCAAGCCCUAUGAAACUCGAGGGUAUCCGGAGGCCACCAAGCAAGACUAUCAUGCAUCAGAGCAAAAGGCACUUGGCUCCUCCCCAGCAAGCAGCUGACGAUGUGCUGACACUGUCAAGUAGCACAGACAGCGAGGGGGAGAAUGGCCAGCCGACAGCAGGACAAGCGCAGGGCAACACGAAUGAUAGUGAUGACAUCCAGACUAUUUCCUCCGGCUCGGAGGAAGAGGACAUCGAUGAUAAAAAGAAUUCCUCUUCCGGGCUAGGUCCCAUUAAAAGGCAAGUGGCAGUGAAGUCCACACGAGGUUUUGCCCUCAAAUCGACUCACGGGAUUGCCAUAAAGUCGACCAAUAUGGCAUCAGCUGACAAGGGGGAGAACAUGCUCGUGCGCAAAAACACCCGCCAGUUUUAUGACGGCGAAGAGUCCUGCUAUAUCAUUGAUGCCAAACUCGAAGGGAACCUCGGCCGUUACCUCAAUCAUAGCUGCAGCCCCAAUCUGUUUGUGCAGAAUGUCUUUGUGGACACGCAUGAUCUCCGUUUCCCUUGGGUUGCCUUCUUCGCUAGCAAGAGGAUACGAGCCGGGACUGAGCUGACCUGGGAUUAUAACUACGAGGUGGGCAGCGUGGAGGGCAAGGAGCUCCUAUGUUGCUGUGGAGCUAUCGAAUGCCGAGGCAGGCUGCUCUAGCGGUGUUCGUGCCCGCACCGUGAAGGACAGGGGCUGCAGGCCCUGGAUUCCCCACAGCUCUGCUUCCGAGCCAGGGGAAAGCUGAUUCUCAACCACAGGCCUUGUCCCUACCCUCCCUGCACAACCUUUUGUCUGUGAGGGUGAUGUACUGUAUUUCAGCUGGAGCUGUUUUAAUUACACCAUGUUUGUCAUUGUAGCUGUUACAAAGCUGGUGACAGUAACAUAGAGCUGCCCAGUUCACUUGAAAAUAUGCCUGCAAGUGCAUGGACCACAACAUGAUCAGGCUCACAGAAGGGGUGGCUUGGCUUUGUGCGGAGGGCUGGGAAUGCCAGCAAGGUUCCCAACGAGCUACUGACUUGCUGUGGAUCUCUGCCUUGGUAGGGUGCCUCAACAAUCAGGUAUUCAGCUAGCUGAGAGAGACUUAAUACCUGUCAUUGUGACAGCUCAAUUCAGGCACAAAACACACUAGGCAGGCAGUACAGAAGGGUCCCCUGCUUUGCCAUCCUGCAGCCACUACUGUGCACAAGUCUGUGUCAAAUCCCCCAUCCCCCAAAAAACUAGGCAACUACUUUAGAAUUGGUGCCCUCUUGUUGAAAUAAUGACAAAGGGAAGCAUUUUAGAGGCACUAAGGGUAGAUUGUCCACUACAGGAACCUUACUGGGAUUUCCCCAUGGUAUUGCUGAACAUGCUAUAAGGCCCUGGGGGAGUGAACCAAUGUUGGAGUUAAAUCAGAAGACCAAGGAGUUCAGCAGAAAGGAGAGAUCUGUCUUCCUCUCUGACCUAGUUGUGUUGUAAAAAAAAAACCUGUCUGCUGUUGAAAGCAAUGGAUGAGUUUCUUAAAAAAAACUGACAAAAAAUACAAACCCCCACCCUG